UAUCACCAGGUUUGGGUCGAAGUACAGCUACUGGGUCAAACACAGGUAGAACUGACAUUAUCCCUAUUUGUCACAACAAAACACCUUACCAACAAACGAGGUGUGAGAAGAGACACCAAGAGACUGACGAACAUGGAAACAACAUCUUCAUUUAUCAAAUCUGUGACCAAGCGAGUGUGGUCUCCACCACAGCGUCCCUUCAGGGUCUGUUGUCACAACAGGGAGACCAGGAAGGGCAUCACAGCCGGGACCCUGGAGGAGCUGAAAGAGAGGGUAUGCCAGGCUUUGCUGCUGUCCCUGUCUGCAGUGUCUCUGUCUCUGGCCUGUGAGGAGGACGGUACAGAGGUCGACUCCGACGAGUUCCUCAUGACUCUGCCUGACAACACCAUGCUCAUGGCCCUGGAGCCUGGACAGACAUGGAGACCACAGCCAGGUGCAGUUGUGUCCAAGUCUCAGGAGCACAACAAGCCUCGGACUGGGAGAGACAUAGCUCGUGUCACCUUUGACCUUUACAGGAUGAGCCCGAAGGACGUCUUCGGCUCCCUGAAUGUGAAGGCAACGUUUCAAGGCCUGUACUCUGUGAGCGCUAGCUUUGAAUGUCUGGGGCCCAAGAAAGUCCUCAGAGAAGCCCUGCGUUUGGCCUCCGCCCUCCUGCACACCGCUGGACACCUGCUCAUCACUUCCGCCUCCAUGAUCCGCCGCAUUAUCGAAGGCGCUGAGCUCUGGCAGCCUCAGAGGACCGAGUACUCAGCCAUCUGGAAGUGAUGCAGCCAAGACAGACCUAUUCAGCAGAAACAUCUGGUAUCUCUGUAUAAACAGGAUGUGUAGGAAGGUCUGAGAUAUUUUGAAUAAUAUUCCCAUUAUUGAGCACCUCAUUGGGUAAAUUAUAUUUUGUUUGGAUGUUCUGCCAGAUAAAGCUUUAAGAGGCCUGUGUAUUUCCGGUUAUAAACAGGAUGUAACAGAGAAAAAGAAAUAUCAGUGAGAACAGAGGAGGCUUAGUGAUGUAGCUGGAUAACAUGAGAAUGAGUGUCAUAGGUAUUAAUGUAGUUAUUUUUCUAUUUUUGUGCAAUAUAUAAAUAAUAUUCAAGAAUAGUACUUUAUUUUUGUUAAUUUGGUGUAGAUUAUGUGAACUAUCUCCUCUGACAUUACAGCUGUUUGUCAUUUUGA